CCAAAAAACCAGCUGGACUUGUGGGUCUCUCUUUCUCUGCUUCUUUCCCUUCUUCCUCCCAUUUCCCAUUUCUUCGUUGCCUUUCUCUCCAUAUAUUAUUGAUUUCUUUUUUCCCAAGGAAAGAUCUGAAGCAUCAUCUCCUUUUCCCCUUCUCUCUCUGUGCAUCACAUUUCUCACCAGCUUCUUCAUCUUCAUUUUCUCCUCCUCAUUCUUUUUUCCUGUUGGGGAAGAUAAGGGAGAAGCGAGGCUCUCCGGAGGCCUACUAGAGAAAGUUGUCCGAGAUCUGUCACAUUUUCAAUUCUCCACUUACGGGUACUCUAAUUCUAUUCACUCUUUUCCGCCGUUUCUUCAUUUCUAGGACGAAGCUUCUAAAUCAUGGACCCCAGCUGGGGGCGAAACAAAAACAAAAAAUUCAAUUCUUUUGCUCGGUUUGCUGUUGCCUGUACAGUCUCUUUGGUUGGUUUUCUUCCCCUUUCUGAGUAUUGAGGUGGGUUCCUCUUUUCCCGUUUGUGGUUUGUCGGUGGGUGGUUGGGUUCUUGUCUGGAUUUUGACGCUUCAAUUCAACAAUUUUCUUGUGCCUGGACUUCUGGCGAAACACUGGUAUUUCAAAACUGUCUUGGCCUGUUACUGCUGGCCGACAAUUUCCCGGGGGUGUCACAACUAGACACAUUCAGCUAAAGUCAAACUGCUUUGGCAUCUUUCGCUUCACCUAUGCAGUUUUAUAUUUUGGGAUAUCUGGAGAUGUUAAUUGAUGUUUGACGAUGAUUUCUUAAGAUUUUAAUUCUAUCUUUGUUGAUUCACUUUCCAUCCCUUUGCUUCAUCAGAUUUGGUCCAAUCUGUUUUGGAGUUCCAGUCAGUUUUCUUUGUGGGGUAAUUGAAGAAUUUCCCAAUUGAUCUCUUGAUUUCCUUUUGCAGAAGAUUUUGGUUGAGGAAUGAUAAGGAGUGAUGGGAAGGAAAGGAAAUUGGUUUUCUAGUGUAAAGAAAGCACUCAGCCCUGACUCCAAGGAGAAGAAAAACGAGAGGUCAAGUAAAUCCAAGAAGAAAUGGUUCGCCAAGCAGAACCUGGAAGCCGGUUCAGCUCCAAUAGAGAAUGUGGCAGCAGAAGCCCCGCUCCCCCCACUUCCUCCUCAACUAGAUGAGGAGGUGAAAGCACUAGAGACCACAAUUGAAGUGAACAAGCAUGGCUACACUUCGCCAGUUGCUGCUGCUGAGCUACCUGAGCCUGCAGCUCCUGUUGUCGUUGAAACCACUGUGGAAGUGGUUCGAAAAGCUAAUAAAUUCGCUGGUAAAUCAAAGGAGGAAGCAGCAGCAAUCAGGAUUCAAACUGCAUUUCGUGGGUAUCUGGCUAGGAGAGCUUUGAGGGCUUUAAGAGGAUUGGUUAGGCUGAAAAUGCUGAUGGGAGGACCUACUGUAAAGAGGCAGGCUGUCCACACGCUCAAGUGCAUGCAAACUUUAGCUCGGGUACAGACUCAAAUCCAUACAAGGAGAGUCAGAAUGUCUGAAGAAAAUCAGGCCCUCCAGAGACAACUUUUGCAGAAACACGCCAGAGAGCUCGAGAGCUUGCGGAUGAAAGAGGGAUGGGAUGAUAGUGUGCAGUCAAAGGAGCAGGUAGAGAGCAACAUGCUCAGCAAGUUCGAGGCAGCCAUGAGAAGGGAAAGAGCACUGGCUUAUGCAUUCUCUCAUCAGCAAACCUUGAAAACCCCUGCAAGACCAGCUACAGGUAUGUUCAUGACACCUGGUAAUCCUUCCUGGGGCUGGAGCUGGUUGGAAAGAUGGAUGUCAGCUCAUCCUUGGGAUACAAAGAACACUACUGCUACUGACAAAGAUCCCAAUAAUGAUCAAGCUUCUGUAAAGAGUGGAAACAACCGAAGCUUGGUUGGUGGAGAAAUCAGCAAAGCUUAUGCCCGUUAUCAGCUCAACUCUGAUAAACUCUCCCCUGGAGAUUAUCAAAUGAGUACCAAUUCUCCUUCAGCUACAUCAAAGCCGGUUUCUUCGGUUGUGAGAAAACUCAAGUCUGCAAGUCCCAGGAGCAGCAUUGGUGGCCCAGAUGAAGACACCAGAAGUAUGGUUAGUUUCCAGUCUAACAGAAGGCACAGCAUUGCAGGAUCGUCUGUGAGGGACGAUGAAAGCUUGGCAUCGCUUCCCAGCUAUAUGGUGCCUACAGAGUCUGCAAAAGCUAAGUCCAGGUUCCAGAGUCCAUUGGGGCUAGGAGGGACAGAGCGGAAUAGGACUACACCUCCAGAGAAGGAGAAAGGAGCCUUGUCAUCUGCCAAGAAGAGGCUUGCAUAUCCGCCUUCAUCGCCUGCCAGGCCAAGGAGGCAUUCUGGUCCUCCAAAGGUGGAUACCAGCUUGAUUAAGGCUGAAAAUGUGGUGGUGCCAAAUGGAGACAUGUAGCCGCCAUCGGGAGUUUAGUUCUGUCUCUCUCUAUCUCUUGGAGAAGUGAAAGGAAUAGGGAAUGAAAAAUAAGUGUUUUAAGGAUUCCUACAUUUUUGUUCCUUUUCUUGAUGGGUGGUUUCCCGAAAUCUUUCUGUGCUUGCUUUCGCUGUUGAAAGUGAUUGUUAUUCUUCAUUCAUUUGUCUCUGCUGGAUUUGUUCAAUUCAUUUGUUGGGGGUAGUGGGGCUUGGGAUUCACUAGUUACUUACACGAGCGGCUUGUAAAACCUUUGUAAUGUUAAAAGCUAUUUGCACAUUUGUAACAAAAUCUUAAUUUAUGA